AGAGGGCAUUUGAAGGUGAUGUGUAAAGCGGCCAACAAAACGGCCGAAAAACGGCAUAAUUUUAUGAGUGAUGACUCGGAAAGUGAAAUGUACAAUAUACGGGCGGUUGCAAGCGGAGACAAGCCGUUUUUUAUUAAUGUUAAAAUAGGGAAUAAAAUACUAAAAUGUGAGUUAGAUACCGGUAGCAAAAUCUCGGCUAUUAGUGAAAGAUGUUACAAUAGUAUGUUUUCGAAUUAUACGAUUUUGAAAGAUGAAAUUAAAUUAUGCUCAUACUCGGGCUCGCGAAUUGAACCGAUCGGGUUUAUAUUAGUAGAUGCAUGUAUCGAGGACAAUCAUCAACAAAACUUACAAUUGUACAUAAUAAAAAAUGGGAGUCGUCCCUUGUUAGGUAGGAGUUGGAUUCAAAAAUUUAAAAUAAAUGAAUUAUGCAUUAAUAACAUUUUACAAGAAGAUAGUGAUAAUGAGUAUCGCGAUCGGUUCAUAAACGAGUUAAAGACAGAAUAUUCUUCGGUAUUUACGGACAAGUUGGGCGAAUGUAAGAAACAAAUUCGUUUACAGCUCACAGAUAACAAACCGGUUUUCGUUCGCGCCCGGCCGGUACCUUUAGCAUUGCGAAGCGCAGUGGAGAGAGAAAUUAAGCGUUUAGAAAAGGAAGGAUCGAUCUAUCCGGUUGAACAUUCGGACUAUGGCACACCAAUAGUUCCAGUUAUUAAGCCAUCGGGGGAUAUUAGGUUAUGCGGGGACUACAAAUCGACUAUUAACCCAAAAUUAAAAAUGGAUCAUUAUCCGUUGCCGCGCAUCGAAGAAUUAUUUGCAGCCUUGAGCGGUGGUCAGAAUGUAAAUUCUUACAAAAAAGUGUGUCAUACCUAGGAUUUAUUAUUGAUAAACAUGGUUUGCAUCCGGACAUGACAAAAGUGGAGGCUAUUGUGAAAGCUCCAACACCGGGAAACGUGACUCAAUUGAAAGCUUUUCUAGGCCUAAUAAAUUACUAUGGCAAGUUUGUUCCUAACUUAAGUUCAUUGCUACAUCCAUUAUAUUCUCUUUUAAAGAAAAAUCAGCCAUGGAACUGGGAUAUAAAUUGCGAAGACGCAUUUAUAAACAUAAAGAAUAUUUUAGCAAGCGACAGAGUGUUAUGUCAUUACGAUCCAGCGCUUCCGUUAGUUUUAUCAGUAGAUAGUAGCUCGUAUGGUAUAGGGGCAGUUCUGGCGCACGUAUUUGCCGACGGAACGGAACGGCCGAUCAGCUGCGCGUCUAGAACGCUCGGGGAUACAGAGAAGAACUACAGUCAACUAGAUAAAGAAGCAUUGGCGAUAAUGUACGGGGUACAAAAACAUCACCAAUACCUCUUUGGUAGAAAAUUUAUUUUAAAAACGGACCAUAAACCUCUGGUGUAUAUUUUUGGGCCAAAAGGGGGCAUUCCACAAACGGCAGCAAGUCGACUACAACGUUGGGCGGCUAAAUUGGCAGCGUAUGAUUUUGACAUCAAUUACGUGAAAUCAAAAUGUAACGGCAAUGCGGACGCGUUAUCUCGUCUACCAUUAGAGGGAAAAAAACACGACAGUCCAGUCAAAUCCGAAAAUCAUUAUUUACUAUAUAUGAAUGAAACGUUACCGGUAAGUUAUAAAGAGAUUGCAGUAGAAAUAAAAAAAGAUAAUUUAUUGAGUCGAAUUUAUGGAUAUAUUAUGUUCGGAUGGCCAGAGAAGUGUAAAGAGGAUGAGCAGGCAUUUUUUGUGAGGCGCGCAGAGCUGUAUAUUGAUCAUGGGUGUAUUUUAUACAAAUACCGAUUAAUAAUUCCUCAAAGUUUACAGGAACGGGUCUUAUUUGAAAUACAUUCAGGACAUUUAGGAAUUGUAAAAAUGAAGUCUAUUGCCAGAAAUUAUGUAUAUUGGCCUUCUAUAGAUAAAGAUAUCGAGUCGGUGGGACAGAAGUGUGAAGCAUGUCGAAAUGUACGGGACGCUCCUCCUAAAACCACUUUACAUCCAUGGGAAUUUCCGGCGGGACCUUGGAAACGACUACAUGCGGACUUUGCUCAAUUCCAUGGUAAAUAUUAUAUCGUCGUAGUCGAUGCUUAUAGUAAGUGGUUAGAAGUGGAACAAAUACGUAGUACCGCGGCGUACGAUACCAUUAAAUUUUUUCGUAGUUUAUUUUCUAGAUUUGGGCUAAUUGACCAACUGGUGACCGACAAUGGCCCGCCGUUCCAAAGUGCAGAGUUUAAGGAGUUCUGCAGUAAAAAUAUAAUCAGGCAUGUUACAUCUUCACCGUAUAGACCGCAAGGAAACGGAGCAGCCGAGAAUGCGGUUAAAACCGUGAAGAAAACUAUUAAAAAGGCGGUGUUAGAAGGGGAAGACAUACACGCUAGCUUAUGUCGAUUUUUAUUACAAUAUAGAAACUGUCCACAUGCAACCACAGGAGUAGAACCGGCAGUAGCUCUGUUAGGGAGGCGCCUGCGGAAUAGACUAGACGCGAUGCGCCCGAGUACAUCGAAGAUAGUUGCGGAUGCACAAAGCAAGCAAAUAGAAAGCUCGGGCGGAGUCGUACGAAAAUUCGAUAUCGGAGAUAAAAUAUUAACACGAAAUUACUCCACAAAGGACAAUAAAUGGAUCGAAGGGGAUAUAAUAGAAAAAACGGGGCCAGUAUCGUACAAAAUAUUGCUAAACAAAGGAAAUAUUUGUCGCAGACACACAGAUCAAAUAUUACCACUGAGGAAUAGUCGUUUCUCAUGGAACGUCGGACCCGGAUCAGAACCAGAAAGUACGGAGAUAAGUAUUACGGAUCAAUAUGUAAACACAAGACCGCGGAGACAAAACCAAAAUGCCAAGGAGUCGUAUUCACCCGGGAAGGAUGUAGAGGAGUCCACAACUCAGUUGGAGUCGCAGGAGUGCGGGGAGCAAACGUCGACCUCGACGCCGUCGCCGCGACCUGGGUGGGUACUAUCCCCGACGUCCGAGCUAGACGACGACGGGGGGCGGUCGCCAUGUCUAGAAUCCCCAGUUGAAAUUAUGGAAAGACCUAAGAGAGCGUGCCGGCUACGUAAAAAAGAGUGAGAAGUAAUGAUUAAGAAAAACACUUAACUAAGGAUAUACAUAAAAAUAUUAUACAUGCAUUAAAAAAAAAAAAAGAAGAAAAAUAAUAAUUAAGGAAUAGAAAGCUUCAAUUGAGGCAGGUUGAUUAAUUAGAUAAGUGGUACAUUUUAGCAUUUUUUUUAAAUAAGUAUUACCUAAUAUAACUUCUUAGUUACGAGAGAUAAGUUAAAAAGUUUGUUUUUGAUAAAUUUGGUUAUAUUACAAAAUGUACUUAAAAGACUUAAUCAAUUAGUUCUUAGCAGAUAAAAUAGAAUAGGUUUAUUUUUUAACGAUUUAAGUGUUUAGUUAGGGGGGAAGGAAAAGCAGAUAAUUAUGGUAUACUUAAUUAGUAGAUGGGUAAGUGUUAAGAUGAAUUACCUAAGUGUUCCCUAUGUAAACCUAGUAAAUAAGACUUUUUAUAGGAAAGAGAUGUGUAGUGUAGGAUAAGUGCGGGUGUAUGAAUAAAGCAGUUAGCUACC